CUCUGCCGCUCAGCAUAAGCAGUAUCAUUUGUGUACAAAUAUUGCAGGUUUCCUCCUAGUUGAUGAACAGAAGGUUAUUGUCAUUGACCCUCAAGGCAUUAUAACCUUGUAUGCAUUACAAGACCAUGGCUCGCCUCAGCGCCUAAUCAUGUAUCGUCUUCACAAAUCCUUAUGUGCGCCGUUCUACCUAUUUCAUGCCACCCCACCGUUCCAUGGUGCAACGACUUUCCCGGACCUUAUGCCCGGCUACGUGCCCUCUCCGGAGUCACAAGUCAUUGUUUUAGAGGCUCACAACGCAUGGCCCGCUUCUAUAGUUAUCGAUAUGGUCAUCUUCUCAGGAAAAACCUUGCCCUCAGAGACGCCUAUCGAGAUUCCCUGGUCGAAGUGGGGGCCCCAGUAUACGUACCGCUUUGACUUUCCACAUCAUUUAGUCCACCAAAUCAGCGUGUUCGGUAGUAAAAUAGCCUGUGUUCUUCCUGGGCAUCUCACCCCUGAACUCGCACGAACGCUGGAAGGACAACCUUGCUUCUACGUGCACAUCUGGGACUUUAAUAAGCGAGUUAUCGCUCGCGCGGAAAAUAUUCACGACCCCGACUCACCCAUCCAUCUUAUCCACAAAUCUGAUGAUCCCGAUGGAUCCCCUCCUUACAUUGCCACAGUCUAUCGUACGCCUCAUCCGAAUCACGUCUUUAGAAAGUUAUUCUUGGAACACGAUCGACUUACUUUAACAUGGGUAGGUGUUCUUAAUUAUGGAUUUAGCGAUGGUUUAAUGGGACCAAAUUGUAGUUGCAAAAUAACACGGUUUAUAUUCAAGUCGUUUCCCCUAUACAGGAGGUCGGCUCGGACCCCACGCACUAGAAUAAACAUCAGCAGUCGAGGGUGGCAGGGAUUAUGAUGAACGUUGCUAUUGUUAAUUUCCAGGCCAACCAUUCUUCAGGCCUCCAGUCUCGUGUACUUAAAAUUAAUCCGGACAUUCUAACGGAGACGGUUCGCAUUUUGGGCGAUGCGGGGUCCUGCGUAAAAAUG